GUUGUUGUGCAGAGCUCUGGGAUUGAAACAUUAGUGGAGGAGCUUUGCUCCAGACUGAAAGACCUUCAGAGUAAGCAAGAGGAGAAGAUUCACAAAAAGUUAGAAGGCUCUUUGUCUCCUGAGACUGAUUUAUCUCCCACAGCAAAGGAUCAAGUAGAAAUGUACUAUGAAGCAUUUCCUCCUCUUUCUGAAAAGCCAGUUUGCCUGCAGGAAAUUAUGACUGUAUGGAAUAAAUCCAAAGUAUGCUCUUACUCUAGCUCCUCAUCUUCAUCCACUGCUCCACCAACUAGCACGGAUACAUCUUCUCCAAAGGACUGCAAUAGCGAAAGUGAAGUAACUAAAGACAGAAGUAAUAAAGUAUCUGGCACUGUACAGGAAAGAACCCAACAGAAGAAAAGUAAAAAUGAGAAAGAAAACAAGUUUAGUAACAACACUGUUGAAGAGAAGCCUGCUUUGUACAAAAAGCAAGUCCGACAUAAGUCUGAAGGAAAGAUGCGUCCUCGCUCCUGGUCAUCUGGAUCCAGUGAGGCUGGCUCAAGUUCUAGUGGUAAUCAAGGUGAAUACAAGGCAUCAAUGAAAUGUAUUAAAGUAAGACACAAAACAAGAGAGGUUCGAAAUAAAAAAGGGCGUAACGGGCAAAGCAGGCUUUCAGUGAAAUCUGGUGAAAAGGCUGAUAGAAAAGUCCACAGCGGAAGCAGUAGCAGCAGUAGCAGCGGGUCCAUCAAACAGCUGUGCAAAAGAGGUAAAAGGCCAUUAAAAGAAAUUGGAAGAAAAGAAGCUGGCGGUAGCGAUGGAAGAGAUUUGUAUUUAGACAGCAGAAAUGAAAAGGAAUAUAAAGAAGAACCCUUGUGGUAUACUGAGCCGAUUACAGAGUACUUUGUUCCUCUUAGCAGAAAAAGCAAGCUGGAGACUACGUACCGCAACAGGGAAGAUAUAUGUGGCGUAACAUCAGAGGCUGUAGAAGAGUUGUCUGAAUCAGUGCAUGGUCUUUGUAUUAGCAACAAUAAUAUUCAUAAAACAUACCUCGCAGCAGGUACUUUCAUCGAUGGUCACUUUGUAGAAAUGCCUGCAGUUCUAAAUGAGGAUAUUGACCUCGCUGGGACCUCAAUAUGUUCUCAACCAGAGGACGACAAAUAUUUAGAUGAUAUUCAUCUGUCAGAACUAACACACUUCUAUGAAGUGGAUAUUGAUCAAUCCAUGUUGGAUCCUGGUGCCUCAGAUACGAUGCAAGGGGAGAGUCGGAUUUUAAAUAUGAUUCGACAAAAGAGUAAAGAAAAAACUGAUUUUGAGGCAGAAUGUUGCAUAGUGUUAGAUGGAAUGGAGUUGCAAGGGGAAAGUGCAAUAUGGACAGAUUCGACCAGCUCUGUUGGUGCUGAAGGGUGGUUCUUGCAAGACCUUAGUAAUUUAGCUCAAUUUUGGGAGUGCUGUUCAUCUUCUAGUUCUGGUGAUGCAGAUGGGGAAAGUUUUGGAGGAGAUUCUCCGAUCAGAUUCUCCCCCAUCUUAGACAGCACAAUGCUUAAUUCACACAUGCUUGCUGGCAAUCAAGAGCUCUUUUCAGAUAUUAAUGAAGGGUCUGGUAUAAACUCUUGUUUUUCAGUGUUUGAAGUGCAAUGCAGUAACUCUGUUUUACCAUUUUCUUUUGAAACACUCAAUUUGGGAAAUGAAAAUGCAGAUUCUAGUAGCACUGCUAAUAUUCUUGGGAAAACACAGUCUAGAUUGCUAAUAUGGACCAAAAAUAGUGCCUUUGAUGAAAAUGAACACUGUUCCAAUCUUUCAACAAGAACCUGUAGUCCAUGGUCACACUCGGAAGAAACACGGUCAGACAAUGAGACUUUAAAUAUUCCAUAUGAAGAAUCCACGCAAUUUAAUGCAGAAGAUAUCAAUUAUGUAGUUCCUAGAGUGUCUUCGAGUUAUGUAGAUGAAGAAAUUCUAGAUUUUUUGCCAGAAGAAACCUGCCAGCAACAAGCUAGAACUUUAGGAGAAAUGCCCACUUUGAUUUUCAAAAAAAAAUCUAAGCUAGAAUCUGUCUGUGGUAUUCAGCUAGAAGAAAAAGCGGAAAGUAAAGACUAUGAAACUACACAAGGGUGUAGUGAAAGCAGUCCACAUGGAGAUGGCUACAGCUCAGGGGUUAUUAAAGAUAUUUGGACAAAUAUGACAGACAGAAAUUCUGCAGCGAUGGUAGAAAUAGAAGGAAUAGAAGAUGAAUUGUUUUCAACUGAUGUAAAUAACUAUUGCUGCUGUUUGGAUACAGAAGCAAAAGUUGAAACCCUCCAGGAGCCCAACAAAGCAGUGCAGAGAUCAGAGUAUCAUCUUUGGGAAGGUCAAAAGGAGAAUUUAGAGAAGAGAGCCUUUGUCUCGAAUGAUUUAUCAAAAGUAGAUGGUGGUGACUAUACUACACCAUCAAAACCUUGGGAUGUUAACCAGGAUAAAGAAAACUCAUUUAUACUUGGUGGUGUGUAUGGGGAGCUCAAAACAUUUAACAGUGAUGGAGAAUGGGCAGUGGUGCCACCUAGUCACUCAAAAGGGAGCUUAUUACAAUGUGCAGCUUCUGAUGUAGUGACAAUAGCUGGUACAGAUGUUUUUAUGACUCCAGGUAAUAGCUUUGCCCCUGGUCAUAGGCAAUUAUGGAGGCCAUUUGUAUCAUUUGAACAGAAUGAGCAAUCAAAGAGUGGAGAUAACGGAUUAAAUAAGGGUUUUUCUUUUAUCUUCCAUGAAGACUUACUGGGAGCUUGUGGUAACUUUCAAGUUGAAGAACCAGGGCUUGAAUACUCAUUCUCUUCCUUUGACCUGAACAAUCCAUUUUCACAAGUUCUUCAUGUAGAGUGUUCGUUUGAGCCAGAAGGAAUUGCAUCUUUCAGCCCUAGUUUUAAACCUAAGUCAAUUCUGUGCUCUGAUUCAGACAGUGAGGUUUUACACCCCAGGAUAUGUGGUGUUGAUCGAACGCAGUACAGGGCUAUACGGAUUUCUCCCAGGACUCACUUUCGCCCAAUUUCUGCAUCUGAACUUUCUCCAGGUGGUGGAAGUGAGUCAGAAUUUGAGUCAGAAAAAGAUGAGGGAAGUACUGCUGUCCCUUCUCAAGUAGAUGUAUUUGAGGAUCCACAAGCAGAUCUCAAACCUCUGGAAGAAGAUGCAGAAAAAGAAGGGCAUUAUUACGGAAAAUCAGAGCUUGAGUCUGGAAAAUUCCUUCCCAGAUUAAAAAAGUCUGGAAUGGAGAAGAGUGCACAAACAUCAUUGGAUUCCCAAGAAGAGUCGGCUGGGAUGUUGCCAGUAGGAAACCAAGAUCCCUGUUUAGAAUGCAGUAUGAAGGAAUCUCUAGAUGGGAGGGCGAUGGAGAGCUCCAAAGUCAACUGCAGAAUAGUGGAGCCACGUGAGGAGACUAGCAGGUUUUGCAGUUGCAAAGCAGGGUGCCAUUUCCCCACGUACGAGGAUAAUCCUGUUUCUUCAGGAGAGCUUGAAGAGAGAAUGAGUGGCAGCCAGGAAAAGCAAUGCUGGUGGGAAAAGGCGCUCUAUUCUCCCCUUUUUCCUGCAUCACAGUGUGAAGAGUGUUAUACAAAUGCCAAGGGAGAGAAUGGUGUAGGAGAAUUUGCAGAUGUAAAGGAAAUAUCCAAUGAUGAUGAACAUCUUUUAGAUUUUAAUAUGGUUUCUUCUGUUUAUGAAGCAAGAUGUGCAGAUGAUAUAAAUGCUGAGGCAAAACCAAAUGGCUUCAGGAAGAAGAUCUACUCCAGUGAUAGCUCCAGCUCUGAAGACACAGCUUCAGAAGGUGGCAGUGAAUGGGCUGACCCAUGUGAGGAGGAGCUUUUUUCUCGAACUCAACUAUAAAAACUGCAGAGUAGAACAGAUGAUUUAAAAGUAACAUGAGAUGGAAAACUAUUCUUCCUGAGGGUCUGUAGCUCUAAAACAACAACUUGAGUUUCCUCUUCAGUUAAUGGAUUCAGAUGUGUAUUUAUCUUUCUCUUCUUGCUUAUUUUAUAGAUGAGGACACAGCUGUCCUGUUGAAGAUUUUUUUUCCCCCCCCAAAAAAACUGUUAAAUUCUUGGCUAUUUGAACUAGACUAGAUUGUGUUGUCAAAUCAAGAAUGGAUGUGCAUGUGCUUGUCUUAGUAGUACCACUGCUUUUUUGCAUCUUAAUUGCAGUUAUUUUCAUUCGUAACUGUAGCCCUACCACUAUUACUAUCUUCUUGGCAUCGCAGUGUCUACAACUACUUCUGCUAUUCAGAGACUUCAGCUUUCUGCACAUUAGGCUUUGUUCUUUAAGAACUGGGAGAUAAAUACUUAACACUGUAAUCUAUCAGUGCCUUUCUGAAUGCAGGAGAAAAGCAUGAAUGACUUGUCCAGUCUUCAUUCAGUAAAUCUCAUAACUUUGAAGUAGGAACAACAGGGUUGUGCUUUAGAGACUUACAGAAACUGUGUUUUCUAUCCUAUGAUUCCCCCCUCCCGCAAACCAACACUGAGGAUACCAUGGUUUGUAUUCUUGCUAACUGGAGAAGCCAAGGAUUUUUUGUAGGUAUGGAGGCAAUGUGGGGUUUUUUUUUCCUUUUUUUUCUUUUUUUUUGUCCUUUUUAGCAACUUGCCAAUGUGGGGCAGACGUUUAAAGAGUAACACCAAAAAUAAUAAACCACUGGGGUGAUGUGUGGAUUGUUGUGACUUUUGUAACGAGUAGUGAGAAUGUUGUCUUGUUGCAGAUGAUGGCAUUCAUGUAACCUGCAAAAGCAUCCUGUACUGAACUUGAGCCUGAAUGACUGAAACUAUCUAAAAUGCUCAGAGUGUUCAAUGUUUUAAAUGCAAAGGGUGAGUGCUUCACUUGAAAGAAAUCCUGUGGCUGCUGCAGUUAGCUGCUGUUGUGGCUGUAAUUUAGUAAAUCUCGUAGUUCAUUUUGUGUUUCUGAGAGAA